ACUUGCCCCUGGUCUGAGACCUUCCUCCUUUCCUCCCCGUCGACGCGCACUCACCCUGUACUGCGCCUGGGGUCUGCGUCACCGCCGUCCCGGUGGCCUCUGGUUCGGGGACUUUGCUGCCGCCGACGCUGCAGUCCGCGCCUCUCCUGGAACUCAGGUGUCCAGGCCAUCGAGUCCAGGGCAGUGCACUUAAGAAUUCCUGAGAAGAAAUGCGCUACAACUAUGGAUUUACAAACACUGCUUUAUUUGUAGAACCGUGAUUAUUUCUUUUUCGCAGAGAGUUGCAGUAUUGUAUUUUGCAAAAAGUGCCGAAAUUGCAGGAGUUCGUUCAGAGACCAUUUCUGUGCCACAAGAAAUAAACGCGUUGCAGCUGUGGAAAGAGAUAGAAACUCGACAUCCUGGAUUGGCUGAUAUUAAAAAUCAGGUGAUAUUUGCUGUUCGUCAGGAGUAUGUCGAACUGGGAGAUCAGCUCCUCCAACUUCAGCCAGGAGACGAAAUUGCCAUUAUCCCCCCCAUUAGUGGAGGAUAAUACUUUGCAACCAUGUAGGAUAAAUAUGGGUGCGGUUGAAGAGAAAUCUAAAGACAUAAUAAAAUGCACUGCCGAGAAACUUUCAGUAGAUGAAAUCUCACAGUUGGUGAUUUCUCCAUUAUGUGGUGCAGUGUCCUUAUUUGUAGGGACUACAAGAAAUAACUUUGAAGGGAAAAAAGUCAUUAGUUUAGAAUAUGAAGCAUAUAUACCAAUGGCGGAAAAUGAAAUCAGAAAAAUUUGUAGUGACAUUAGGCAGAAAUGGCCGGUAAAACACAUAGCAGUGUUCCAUAGACUUGGCUUGGUUCCAGUGUCAGAAGCAAGCAUAGUUAUUGCUGUGUCCUCAGCCCACAGGGCUGCCUCUCUAGCAGCUGUGAGCUAUGCCAUUGACACUUUAAAAGCCAAAGUGCCCAUAUGGAAAAAGGAAAUAUAUGAAGAAUCUUCAUCAUCAUGGAAAAGAAACAAAGAAUGUUUUUGGGCAACCAGUGAUUAAUCACAUAUUUUAGAUCAUUAAAUCUUAAAUUUGGUAAAUUUUCA